AUUAGACUUCCAGCGGAAUCACUUCACGAUGAUGUCCCGCAAGGUGCUCCUGUUCGCGGCGGCGGCGCUCCUGCUGGCGGCGGUGGCUGAGGCGCGGCCCCAGGGCGACCUCGGGCUCACAGACGCCCUGGGUCAGGCGUCAGGCAUCGCCGCCGCCUUCGCCCAGGGCGCGCUGUCCACAGCGCAGGCCCUCGGGCAGCAGCUGCGCGACAUGGCGUCCACCGCAAUGUCCACGGGCGCUAACACAGCUAUGCAGGUCAACGCCGCCUUCAGGGACACGGCAGUGCGCGCCCUGCAGGGCUUCCAGGGCGUCGCCGAGUCCGCCAACGACUUCGCCGCCAACAGCGUGCGCGCGGCGGGCCGCAUGGCCGCCGACGCCACGCGCGCCUCCUUCGACGCGACGCAGGGCGUGGUGAACAGCUCGGGCACCUUCGUGACCAACCUGAGCGAGGGCGCGGGCGAGCAGGUCGUCCGGGCGGGCGAGAGCGCCGUGGGCGCCACGCGCAACCUCGUGGAGGCCGUGGGCGGGCUGGCGCGCACGACCAACGACGCGGUCGGGGGCGCGGUCGUGGCCGGCAUCGAGAACUUCUCCGGCGUGAACCAGCCGUCCCUCGUGUGAGGAGGGGCCGGGACGCGAUCUUUUGUUAGCCUUUUGUUGCCUCCGUUGGGGAAAGAGUACAAGCGUUGUUGGCCGCAUUUCGUUUCAAUAGUUGCACACAUAUACACACUACUGUCACCUACACGAAACAUGAAGAUGACCCUUUCAUAAGAAUCCAAAGAAAAAAUUAUAACAAAAAUUGAUUUGUAGUAGAAUAAACGACUUUUUU